UCUGACGUGGUGCGCAAUACCACGCCCCCUACGCAGUGUCUUUCCGUCUGUCACCUGUUUCAGCGAUCACCUGGCCGAAAUACACCUAAAAUGACCGACCAAGGGCUGACCAACGAAGCAGCUGCCGCUGCGUGUAAAGAGGGAGACCCCAUCACUAAAGAUUUCAUGAUGCAGCAGACAAUGUUGCGGGUGAAGGAUCCUGUGAAAUCCCUGGACUUCUAUACACGCAUCCUGGGAAUGACGCUGUUGCAGAAGUUUGAUUUUCCCUCCAUGCGAUUCUCCCUGUACUUCCUGGGUUAUGAAGAUAAGAAAGAGAUCCCGGCAGAUGUGAAAGAGAGGACCGCCUGGACGUUCUCCCGUCGAGCCACUAUAGAGCUCACCCAUAACUGGGGCUCAGAGGCGGACGAUAGCCAAUCUUACCACAAUGGCAACUCGGACCCAAGAGGCUUUGGCCAUAUUGGAAUCGCUGUGCCAGAUGUAUACGCUGCCUGCAAGAUAUUUGAAGAGCAAGGAGUGACCUUUGUAAAGAAGCCCGAUGAUGGUAAAAUGAAGGGCCUGGCCUUUAUUCAGGAUCCGGAUGGUUAUUGGAUUGAGAUCCUCAGCCCCAACAACAUGGUGCCCAUCACUUCUUAAAGACUUCUUUAAUGCUGUGAUCUGAACAGAAGUUAGUUAUGAAAACCAAGGACUGUUGGGUGAUCAAACAGAGUGAUUGUUCUGUGGAUGGCAAAGAAAAUUAGUGCACAAUGAAGACAGACAAUCUUUAUGAAUGACAGUGACAGUGCGCUAGAAAUCUGGUGGGCUCAAAAAUAAAAGUGUUCAAUACAAAUAGGUAUUUGUGAAUUUAACAGAUAUUUUUGAAUGCAGUCUUCCAUAUAGUUUAAACACAAAAAUUUGUUAAAAUACUUUUUUGAAAUCGUACGGUCUUCUAUAGAGUCUAACCUUAAAAUCCUGCCUAUAUUUUGUUAAAUAAAACAAAGAAGUGUUUUUGUUGAA